AGAAUCUAAGGAAGCCGAAACUGGACGUCAGACAAAGGAUUUUUGCUUUUAGAUGUUUGGUUAAAGUAAGCACUUUGUGUGUAUUUAUUGUUGCUGAAGAAAAUGGCAAAUGCCAGUUUAACCUGCAGCGUAUGUAUAGAAGAAUUGUCAGCCACAGGAAAUGUUAUCAAGAAAAGUCAGUAUCAGAACCUGAACAUCUGUUUAGGAAGAGAUGAAUUUCGUGAAAUUUUGAUUAAGGUGAUUUUUCCUAAGAAAGAGAGCAAGUAUUCUGUGAAGGAGCUGUUGAUUCACAAGAAAUUUGUCAAAGAUGGGAAGGCCACUAUAAAGCUACCUGAGCACAAGAUUCAGCUGCUCCUGUCCAACUGCCCACCUGACCAGCUAGUCAUGUUCCUACAUACUUUACAGGCCAAGCUGGACGUGCUGAAGCAGAAAGGUUUCCUCACACAGAGGCAGAAACUUUUCUCUGGCAAACACCACGAGUUUGAGGAGAUCUCCCCGCUGACCGUCAAAGACCUGCAGGUGUCUCAUGGUGCCAGAGGCCAGUCCUCCUCGCAGCCGUCCAGCCUCACCACCCAUGGGAUCACCUCCUCCCACAUCACUAAAAAAAGGUCGUUGCCCUCAAGUGCCCAGGAGAACAGUCCCACCUCUUUAGAAAAUGAAGCUAAAAGACAGAAACUCAUGGCAGCAAAAACAGCAUUUUUAAAACUGACUAAAAUAAAUGGUAUAAGUCCGUCCAAAGUUCUAGCCAAACCAAUUCAGCUGACGCCGGAGCAAAAUCGGGUGCUGGAGGCGGUCUUGAAGGGCCGGAAUAUUUUUUUUACUGGUAGUGCAGGCACAGGAAAAUCUUUCUUGCUGAAAAGGAUUGUAGGUGCUCUCCCACCCAACCACACGUUUGCCACGGCCAGUACAGGUGUUGCUGCAUGUCACAUUGGGGGGACCACGCUCCAUGCUUUUGCAGGCAUAGGUUCAGGCAAGGCACCAUUGAGCCAGUGUGUAGAGUUGGCGUCCAGACAGAAGGUGGCCCAACAGUGGAGGGCCUGUAGACAUUUGAUCAUUGAUGAGAUCUCAAUGGUAGACGGGGACUUUUUCAACAAGCUGGAGACUGUUGCUAGGGUUGUCCGCAAGUCUGACCAACCCUUUGGUGGCAUUCAGCUCAUUUUGUGUGGUGACUUCCUGCAGCUUCCUCCAGUCACAGGGCCAGGGGAGGACAGAAAAUUUUGUUUCCAGUCCGAGGCUUGGCAAAAAAGUAUUGAUGUGACGAUGCAUCUAACUGACGUCAAACGACAAUCUGACAAGAAGUUCAUUGACCUCUUGCAACAGAUUAGAAAAGGCCUAUGUCCUCCCACUGUAGCCAGAACACUGCAGGAGACAGGAGAUAAAAGGAUAGAGAAGGACGGGGUGGUGGCCACCAAACUGUGCACACACAAGGUCGAUGUGGAGCAGAUUAACAUCUCCAAGCUGAAGGAACUUGCAGGGGAGAGCUACAUGUUUACUGCAUCAGAUGUGGACGAGGCUUACACCCAGCAGCUCAACACACUGUGUCCUGUGCCUGCCUUCCUAGAGCUCAAAGUUGGAGCACAGGUGAUGCUGUGUAAAAACCUGGACAUACAGAGAGGUCUGGUGAACGGAGCAAGGGGUGUUGUGUUACGUAUUGAAGCAGGUAACCCUGUGAUCAAGUUUGUGUGUGGGGUGACAGAGACCAUCAAAGCCAUAAGAUGGGUGUUUAAGAUAGGGGGUGGCAACACCAUCGUCAGGAAACAAAUCCCUCUCAAGCUGGCCUGGGCAAUAUCUAUACACAAGAGCCAGGGAAUGACCCUAGAUUGUGUGGAGAUAUCCCUGGCCAAAGUCUUUGAGACAGGUCAAGCCUAUGUUGCUCUGUCCAGAGCCAAGAGCCUUGAGGGCCUGCGUGUGGUUGACUUCAACAUGAACUGUGUGCGCGCUGACCCCAAAGUUUUGAACUUCUACACUAGACUGGAGCUCAAACAUAAGAUGAUGCACAAUGGUGUGGAAGAUGAGAAUGAAAUUUUCCGUCCAAAUCCCUCGGUAUUUAACAAGAGAUGAUACACUGAUACAGGCUUGCCACUUAGUUGUGUAGUCAUUAGGGUUGUGCAAUCCUUGAUAUCAACAUACCACCUGUACAUGUUGUUGUAUUUAUUGUCUUGGAUCAAAUGAUAGGGCAAAAGAUGUAAUCUAAUAUUUACUUGUUGACACAUGAGAUUUACAGAGAUAGGCUGGUUUUACCUGCUCUGUACCAUAUUUGUCCAAUUUUAAAAUCUUAUCUCAAUGUACACAUUAAGUUUUAUAAAUUUAUUAAUUUUAUGUCAUUCCUUUGUACAAAACUUUUUUAUAAAGAUGAUAACAUACAAAGCUAACAAGAUUUCAAUGAAGGCAGCCCC